UUAGAUACAGGGUCGAUUACCUUUAACUUCGUCAGUAAAGAUUACGAGACGUGUAUAACGAACUUCAAAACUGAAUGUUUUUAUUUACAUACAGAGCGCCGUGUCUGUAUAGCAAAUAAUAUCUUUUGAACUGUUCACUGGGGUGAAACAAUAUAACAACAUAGAACAAACUACGACUCGGGUACGCGUCAGUACGACUUGUGGAUAUAAAUAAAACAUUCUUCAUGUGGGUUGUGCUCUGCUCCAGUUAACAGGCAUACAGAAUAUUAUAAAGCGGCAAUAGCGAGCAACACGCCGACCAGUGGAACGCUGCCGGGUAUAGUUUCGCACAGCACGGGUACCUGGCCUUGUCAGCGGUGAUCGCGCAUUCAUCAGUCGAACGCUCGACUCUUUAUACACUGCAGCAUUGGCCGCGACACUCAUCUGGAUACAGAUGAAUUGACGUUUUCAAUAUUAGUAAACUUGAGGAAACUGUUUUUGUGUGUUACAAUUGAUUUCUUGCUGGAUUACGUCUUCUUCAACGGUGAACUAUGACUGUCGACUUCGUGAUUGAGAGCGACAAGAUUCCCGUGCUCGGGAUGGUCACUCGGAAGCUGGCCAUUGGCUUGAGGGAACUGUUGGCUCUGGCCAUCAUUACCGUGCUGGUAAUCAUCUGCAUCAUUCUUGCCGCCAUGCUAAGUCAGGCCAAGUCGUCGGCAAACGGACAAUCUUCCCAAACGUUUGCUCAAACUGGCUCUGGCAAUCAGUCUGAGUCUGUUGGCAAUCAGUCUGAGUCUGUUGGCAAUCAGUCUGUUGGCAAUCAGUCUGUUGACAAGCUGUGUCUUGACAAGCUGUGUCUCGACAGCGUAUCGUACGUCAUGUCCAACAUGGACAAGACGGUGGAACCUUGCGACAACUUCUACCAGUAUGCCUGUGGGAAGUACAUCAGUCACCACACAGUCAACGUAGACCAAAUGUCAUCACAGCUCAGCGAUAUUGCUAAGAAAAAUAUGCAGAGAAUAGAAAAACUCCUACUGUACGACAACAAGUACCAGUGGGCAUCUGAGCGCAAAGCUAAAGACAUGUAUAAAUCUUGUGUGGAUGACUUCACGACGGAGAAGCUCAGAGGCACGCCGUUUAUAAAUCAGGUGCUGCCUAAGUUUGGGGGAGCCUACUUCCUUAAAACGUGGGACAACAGCUCGUUCAACCUUCAGGACUCAAUGAACAAGGUUCAGUCAGACUUGGGAGUGAACGCCUUCUGGCUAUUCAAAGUUCAAAAGGAUGUGACUAACGACCUUAAAGACAGAUUAAUAGAGAUCUUUCCGACUGGAGUCUCUCGCCAUUUGAACGUGCUUCAUUACCUCGGAUAUAGGGGUAAAAAGCCAAUUCUAGACUACAAGAAGUUCAUGCGAACGGUGGCCAACCUGUUGAUCCGAGACUCUGGCGUUAAAAUGGACAGCUCGGAAAAAGUAGAACGGGUUAACCAGUUUGUCAACGACACUUGGUCUGUUGAAACCAAAAUUGUUCGGCUUGCUGUAACAAUGUCUGCAACGGUAAAACCUUACGAAAAUGAAAACCGACUAACACUGAAGGAGCUGAAUACUUUAACAAAUAACAAGAUCGACUGGUUAGCCAUGGCAAAGUACAUGUUUUCCGGCUACGCUGUUACUGCGAAUACCAAGGUGGUAGUUCACAACAAGAAAUACCUCCAGGCCAUGAUCAUGCAUAUGAAGGGUCUCCUUGACUCUAACAAUCACAGAGUGCUGCAUAACUAUUUGCUGUGGCGAGCCAUGGAGACGUACGUGCAGGAUCUGUCGUGGGAGUACGUGCACGCUAACCGCGAGAUCUACGUCGACAUCCACGGCCAGCCCAACUUCCUCGGCAAGAAACUCUACUGCUACGUGAGAAUCAUAACGCAGAUGCCGGACGCCAUCGGGGCCCUGUUUGUGGCCAACCAUUUCGCUGAUAAAAACAAAGAUAAGGUGAAAGACAUUACUAAAGCUAUUAAAGAUGAAGUUUUGCAACUUCUCGAUAAAACUUCCUGGAUGGAUGGGCCUACCCGCAUAAAAGCCCGGACAAAACUUAUGAAUACGAAGUAUAAUAUUGGAUACCCAGAGUUGUACAAGCACCAACAAAACGUGGAUAGACUAUAUCAAGGUCUUCAAGUUACGAAAGGCGACUAUUUUGGAAAUGCGUUGAGCUAUGUGAAGUACCAGCGCAGUCUGUGGACGAAGGAGCUGCUGAACGGUGAGAAUCUCGACAAGUGGUACUACCGGACAUUCGACACGGCCCUGGCUGCCGUCUUCUACCUCAACCAGGUCGUCCUGCCCGCCGGCCUCCUCCAGUUCCCGAUCUACGACUUCCGUCUGCCUCAUUACAUGACGUUCGGGUCAAUGGGAACAUUCAUUGGACGCUUUCUUCUGCAUCUAGUGGACGAGAAAGGAAAUCACUGGAGCAACAAAAACCUUUACUUGGGUAUCGAUAAGACGUGGUGGACUGAUCAGACGACCGAUAACUACGCUAAAGUCAAGAAGUGUUUCGUCAAUACAUACAAUGAAACGCAGACGGUUAACAAAUUAAGCGACCAGACGCCUUUCGAAAAACCUAUAAAUUCUACUGUGUACGCUUUUGAAGGGCUGGCCACAACGUCAGGAGUGAGAGCAUCAUAUGCGGCAUAUCAGAUGUGGACGAAAACCCACAAAGAGUUAUCUGCACCUAAUAACCUUAACCUCUCGAACAAGCAGAUGUUUUUUCUAGCGUUUGCACAGACUUGGUGCACAAAUAGAGGUCAGAAAAAGCUGUACAAUCUCAUACGGGAAGCGACACCUACAGAAGAAAUCAAAGUGAAUUACGCAUUGAGGGAUUUAAAAGAAUUUUCAGACGCCUUCCAGUGUAAACCCAACUCAGCCAUGAAUCCAUCUAAGAAAUGUAAACUCUUUUAGACAAACGAGGUCUUCUGCUUGUAAAUACAUUUGUCAAUAAUAACACAUUUCUUCACAUUAUCCGUUAAUUGUCUUGAUGUGACGUAGCGUUGUGUUAUUCUUUGAAACAACAUAAUUAUAUGUGUAUUACAAACAUAAAGACAAGGUUUUGUUAAUUGUUAUUGAACAUAAAAUAAGUACGGUGUUCUAUGUUAAUUGAUUUUAGAAUAAAAUAAUUCCUGUUUUCUAUGAAAUAACAGUAUGCCUAAUUGUUAAUCGAUUUUAAAUAAAUGUUGUUGGGUAACAGUCAAAAUGUUUUUACUAGAGUUGAAAAUAGAUUGUGUUCUGCUUUUGUAUUAACCAGUUUGACAAGAACAUUUAUGCAAUAAUUAUAUGUAUAUUAUUUGUCAGUUCUGUGUGGUAGUAUAGUUUUUGAAUACGUCUUGGAAAGUCUUGGAAAGUCAACAAUACUGGUUACAUAUUGUCAUUCGUGUUUUUGUUGGCUGUCAUAAGACACGAGUAGUGUUUACUGUAACUGGAUAAUUAUAGUGGUUGUUGUAGCCUAUAUUUGUAAAUACCACACGAUUUCAUAUUUUGUAUUUAAACACGUUCCGGUGUAAAACGAAACAUGUGCACGUCAUAUUUAAAUAGUACAUUAUUUAAAUCUAGCAUUAUUUCAAAACAGUUAUAUAUAUAAUUUCAGAACUCUAUAUAUUUAAAGUAUUUACAAAAAAACCGCCUGUGCGUAAUUGCGUAUUGUUAUAUUAUAAUUUUAAAAAAGACAGAUCAAUUUAUUGCAAGUUUUUUGUAAACUAUUUGCUUCGGUGCUAAUUUUAAUUCGCAAUGAAUGUUCAAAGAAACAGAGACAUGUUUAUUACUAUCUGCUGCUUAUCAUCUGAUAUCUGUUGGGGGGGGGGGGGGGGGGGUGGAGGGGGUGAUAUUGUUUUUAAUCGCGGUGGGGGAGGAUUGGUGGCGUAUUUUGUUCGUUUUUGUUUUUGUUUUCAAGCAAGGUUGCACAGUUUGUAAUGGUUGUAUGCUUAACUCUAAUUUCAGACAUUUCGUAUUCCGUUUUAUAUUCUACCGACAGUUUGUAGGUGUAUACAGUGGGAGUAUUA